AUGGAUAAAGAAAAUAAAUUGGAUUUAUCCCAAGCCAAGCAACUGGUAAAGGAAGUGGGUCCUGCUUUUGUGGAGUCCGUUAUAAUAUUACAAGAACACUGGUUUUUAGUAACUAGCUUUUCCGUAUUUAUCCACGAUCCUAAUCGUGUGGACGAUUGCGCGGACAAAUCAAGAUUCCCCUACCAGAAUAAGCCAGUGGCAUUUGUUCAAAGAAAAACGAACUAUGGAACGUCAUCUUUUGAGCUUGUUUUUAGAAUUGGCUACGUUGAAGUUUUGGCCAAUAGCGGAUUCAUUGGUUCAACAAGUUCAAAAAAAUUGAUACCAUUUGUCGGUUCAGCUCUACAGCAGUUGCCUGGCACAAUUUCCACAAGUAUUGAAACUUCAAAGACCAAACAGAUCUUCAUUAACAAAGCACAACAAAGCUAUGAAACUGGAAAUCGAAUCAUCAACCAGUACUACAAAGAUACCUCAACUCUUCCAUGGCAAUUUUACAGCUCAAGGUUUAGUGAAAAUGACUUCAAACCACUCAACCCAUUGUACCUUGAUACUAAACGGAUUUGGCUUGAUUCUGCUUCACUAGUCAUCAGAACAUAUGUCUUGCAAAGCGUAGAUAUUGAUGAUAUAAAAAAGGCUUUAUAUUUGAUCAAACAAACAGACAAACCUGAUCUAAUUUGCAUCUAUAACGAAGUACUAUCAUCUGGUAUUAAAUCGGAAAAUAAGAAGAUUGUGGAUAUGGCUGUAAAGAAGUACCAAUUUAAAAAAGUCGGUUUAUUUGAUUAA